AUGCGUCUCUUUACUUUUCUCGUCCUCCUUGUCGGAAUUGCGCAGACAAGCGCAUACUCUAUCCCCGGAGGCUACGAACGCACUCUCAUUUACUACCUGUACUCCAUCGAUGCCCAGAGAAACGGGGGUAGGCCGCAGAAGAUUGCGCCUGCUUGCAGCAGAAGUGCCACGCCCUGUACCUUGGAUCAACUCCUCCGGUAUCUAGCCGAUGGUGCCCUUCCUAACAGACCUGCCCCUGCGACCUCAUACCCGGACUUGCCCCCUAUGGACAGGACAGCCGACGCUAUCUCGGCCAAAGACGCGGCUGGUAAAGAUUUCGCAGGACAAGUAAAUCCGGGGCGUACAUUGCCUGGUGCCAGCUCAGACUGGAGCAAAUGCCUAGCCCAGCUUGGGGACAUUGCCAUGGGUUUUGCCGAAUCCUCCCCUGAGCACGCCAGCCUACUCAAGGCCAACCUUCAGGCUGUUCGCAAUGCCCGCCGCAACGCCCAGCUGACAACGUUCAUGGCAGCAAAUCGCGACAUUAAUGUCAAGUUCGACACCAUCCCACUGUAUGAUGGUGCGGAUAAUUCGCGCACGGUGGAGGUCAUUAAUCCAAGGGAGACUGUGACGCAAAAUUCGGGAUUGACUGCAAAAGCUUUGGGCGAGAGGUGGAUGGGAAACACGGAGGGUGGACAUACAAGCAAUGUGGAGGCGUUGGCGUCUGUGUUGAAGAACUGGGAUUUGGUUUGUGGGUAG